GUCGGUUCCCUUAUAAGGUUCAACUCACACGCACGCUUUUUCUCUAGCAAGGUUCAAAGCCGAAGCCAGUCCAUGCUCUCUCUUUCUCGAUCGAGAUAGUGAUAGUUUACUUCUUUUCCUUUCUUGGUUUCCUUCCCUAGCUCUGUUCCUCCCUCGCGUCCCUCCAACUCUCUCUCUCGCUGCUCUUUAAUGGCGAUCUCGAAGAACGUGCUGCUUUAUUUCGGGACCUGAUUCUGCGUGAAAUUAUGGGAAUACCUGGUUUUGAAGUAGUAAAGAAGAAGAUCUCUAUGGAUUUGGGUUUGAUCUGAUUUCAAAUUCGUUUCUCUUGUUAGGGUUUUAUGUGUUUAGGGUUUUGACGCUGCAAGUGUACUGUCCAAAUGUUUGCUUGAUUUUUCUUUUUUCUUUUUUAUUUUUCCUUCUAAUUUUUGGGCUUACUGCCUGUAAUGAGUAUUGUGUGAAUUUAGGGUAGAGAAGUGUGAAGAGAUGAGAGAAUGCAAAGGUUUUUCGUUGGAUUGGAAGAUGAUUACUAUUAUUACAAUGGUAGUUGUGAGUGAGGGUUUUAUAUAGCUAAUAUUUUUAUCAAUUAAGACAAUUUAUACGUAAAUAUAUAUAGAAAACCAAAGAGAAAAAAGAAAGUGGAAGAUGAAGCUUUCAACUUCUGGGUUGGGUCAGCAGGGUCAUGAAGGCGAGAAGAAAUGUUUGAAUUCGGAGCUAUGGCAUGCCUGCGCUGGACCACUCGUGUCCCUACCAACAGUGGGGAGCCGAGUGGUCUACUUCCCUCAGGGACAUAGUGAGCAGGUGGCUGCCACUACUAACAAAGAAGUUGAUGGGCACAUACCCAAUUACCCAAGUUUGCCGCCUCAGUUGAUAUGCCAACUCCACAAUGUCACUAUGCAUGCAGAUGUUGAAACGGAUGAAGUGUAUGCCCAGAUGACUUUACAGCCUUUGACCCCGCAAGAGCAGAAGGAUACAUUUCUUCCCAUGGAAUUGGGAAUGCCAAGCAAGCAGCCCACAAAUUAUUUUUGUAAGACAUUGACUGCAAGUGAUACUAGUACGCAUGGAGGCUUCUCUGUUCCUCGUCGUGCUGCAGAGAAAGUUUUCCCUCCUCUGGAUUUCUCACUGCAGCCACCAGCACAGGAACUUAUUGCAAGAGAUCUGCAUGAUGUUGAAUGGAAAUUUAGGCAUAUUUUCCGAGGCCAGCCCAAACGGCAUCUGCUUACUACAGGGUGGAGUGUUUUUGUUAGUGCCAAAAGACUUGUGGCUGGAGAUUCUGUUCUUUUUAUCUGGAAUGAGAAAAAUCAGCUUCUUUUGGGAAUUCGUCGGGCUACUCGACCACAAACUGUAAUGCCAUCUUCUGUAUUAUCUAGUGAUAGUAUGCAUAUUGGACUUCUCGCUGCUGCAGCUCAUGCUGCAGCAACCAAUAGCUGCUUUACAGUUUUCUAUAACCCAAGGGCUAGUCCAUCCGAGUUUGUUAUACCUCUUUCCAAAUAUGUCAAAGCAGUAUUCCACACUCGUGUUUCAGUUGGGAUGCGCUUCCGAAUGCUCUUUGAGACUGAAGAAUCAAGUGUCCGUAGGUACAUGGGUACAAUAACAGGCAUAAGUGAUCUGGAUCCUGUUCGGUGGCCAAAUUCUCAUUGGCGUUCUGUCAAGGUUGGCUGGGAUGAGUCAACAGCAGGUGAGCGGCAGCCAAGGGUAUCCUUAUGGGAGAUUGAGCCUUUAACUACUUUCCCCAUGUAUCCGUCACUGUUUCCCCUCAGACUUAGACGACCUUGGCAUCCUGGGUCCUCAUCUUUGCAUGAUAACAGAGAUGAAGCUGGUAAUGGCUUAAUGUGGCUUAGGGGUGGAACUGGUGAGCAGGGUAUUCACUCUCUAAAUUUUCAAGCUGUCAAUAUGUUUCCCUGGACACAGCAGAGACUGGAUCCAGCAUUGCUAGGGAAUGAUCAGAACCAGUGGUACCAGGCUAUGUUGGCAACUGGUUUGCCAAAUCUGGGAAGUGGAGAUCCCCUGAGACAGCAAUUUAUGCAGUUUCAGCAGCCUUUUCAAUAUCUUCAACAGUCGAGCAGCCAUUGUCCACUGUUGCAGCUACAGCAGCAGCAUCAAGCAAUUCAACAAUCAACCUCUCAUAAUAUACUGCAGGCACAAAAUCAGAUUUCAACUGAAAGCUUGCCCCGGCAUUUAUUGCAGCAACAACUCAACAAUCAAACAGAUGAUCAUACACAGCAACAGCAUAAGCAACAACAACAGCAACAUAGUUACCAUGAUGCGCUUCAGAUUCAAGGUGAACAACUCCAGAGACAGCAGCCAAAUGUACCUUCUCCAUCAUUUUCAAAAACUGAUUUCAUGGACUCAAACACCAAGUACUCGGCAUCUACUACCCCUAUACAGAACAUGCUGGGUUCUAUGUGUGCUGAAGGGAGUGGUAACCUUUUGGACUUCACCAGAACUGGUCAAUCAACACUAACUACACUAACUGAGCAGUUGCCUCAACAGUCUUGGGUCCCAAAAUAUGCACAUUCACAGGUCAAUGCUUAUACCAAUUCUCUGUCACUUCCUCGUCCAUAUCCUGAGAAAGAUCCUGCUAUGGAGCCAGAAAGUUGCAACUUGGAUGCUCAAAAUCAUACCAAUUUUGGUGUGAACAUUGAUUCAUCUGGACUCUUACUGCCUACCACACUGCCCAGAUAUGCCUCUUCGACAGUUGAUGCUGAUGUGUCCUCAAUGCCAUUGGGGGAUUCUGGGUUUCAGAAUUCUAUAUAUGGUGGUGUGCAAGACUCUUCUGAAUUAUUGCCGAGUGCAGGGCAAGUUGACCCGCCAACCCCAAGUCGAACAUUUGUCAAGGUCUAUAAGUCAGGGUCGGUUGGGCGCUCACUGGACAUCUCCCGGUUCAGCAGCUACCAUGAGCUGCGAGAGGAACUGGCUCAGAUGUUUGGCAUCGAGGGGAAGUUAGAAAACCCUCGUAGAUCAGGCUGGCAGCUUGUAUUUGUCGACAGGGAGAAUGAUAUACUUCUCCUUGGAGAUGACCCAUGGGAGGCAUUUGUGAACAAUGUUUGGUAUAUCAAGAUACUUACCCCAGAGGAUGUACAAAAGAUGGGGGAGCAGGGGUUGGAAUCCUUCAGCCCAAAUGUAGGUCAAAGGAUCGAGUAAUGGUGGGGCUUGAGACUUUGCCUUCUAGCGAAUGCUGUCCGUAUGAGAGCUGUAUGACAUCCUGCUCUCGAGGGUCAGAGAUAAAAUUACCAGGUUUUCCCGCUCUAGUGUGUGCGCUACAUUGCUGUUUCUAUUAAAAAUUUUAUUAUAUACCACCUGUUUUGCCUAGACUAAUAACUAGUUCUGAUGAAUUUGACUGUCGUGGUGGAUGAAAAACAUUAAGUUCACCUCGGGCACUUGAAAAGUUUAGAAUGUUAGAAAGUUCUAGCAUAUCUCAAUUUGUGUGAUCAGUCAUAGCAUAUUUGCCGUUAUGGAAAUAUCAAUUUCUUUUGCUGCGUUUGAUA